CGGUGGGUGAAGCGCCCAGAGACAGCCAUUUCCAACGAGCUGGCGGGGGUGAAAGAUGGCGACGCCCCUCGGGUGGUCGCAGGGGGGGUCAGGAUCAGUGUGUCUCGCCUUCGAUCAACUGCGGGACGUGAUCGAAUCUCAGGAGGAACUGAUCCAUCAGCUGAGGAACGUGAUGGUUCUCCAGGGAAAUUUUGUCAGUAAGGAAGAGUUCCAGGCAGUGGAGAAGAAGCUGGUGGAAGAGAAAGCUGCCCACGCCAAGACCAAGGUCCUCCUGGCCAAAGAAGAGGAGAAGUUGCAGUUUGCCCUCGGAGAGGUAGAGGUGCUAUCUAAACAGCUGGAGCAAGAGAAGCUGGCUUUUGAGAAGGCGCUCUCCAGUGUCAAGAGCAGAGCCCUGCAGGAAUCCAGCAAGAAGGACCAGCUCAUCACCAAGUGCAAUGAAAUUGAGUCUCACAUUAUAAAGCAAGAAGAUAUACUUAAUGGCAAAGAGAAUGAGAUUAAGGAGUUGCAGCAAGUUAUCAGCCAGCAGAAACAGAUCUUCAGGAAUCACAUGUCUGACUACCGGAUCCAGAAGCAGCAGGAGAACUACAUGGCCCAAGUGCUGGACCAGAAGCAUAAGAAAGCCUCGGGGACGCGUCAGGCCCGGAGCCACCAGCGUCCCAGGGAAAAAUAAAAUGGCCGUCACCUUCCGUUCACUGGCUGUAA